AUGGUAGUAACUUAUUUGUAAAGUUUAGGAUUGUUUUUCUUUUUGGGGAAGAUUAAAUUGUUUUGCACUCAAGAUGGAACAGGUUUGUGGAUAAAGGGGAUUAGAUUCUCAUAAUUAUUAAGCGAACUUUAGUUAGAGAUUGCCACACUCUAGUCUUAAAGCAGUAGCAUUGUAACAUCUAAUUUGGAUGAAACCUGUAUUGUAAAAAAUUUUAAUAAAGUAGGGAUAUAGGGGAAUGAGGGACUUCAGCAUAGAGGAGGAGAAAUGUGCCGAUAAAUGAUCGUUCAAGUUGGAAAUUUAUUUGCAAAGAGUUGGAAUUAAUUAGAUAUUAUAACAACUUAUGGAUGGAACAUAGUAAAUGGACUUUCAGUAAUGAACAAAUUUGGACCUGUUGCUUUAUUAGGAGGAUUCGGAAAAUUAGGAGCUGGAUCGAUAUUAAGUAACACUUUUGAUAUCUAAUACCCGCAUUACAAAAUCAACAUCUUUAUUCUAUGGGCUAAAAUAGAUGCAUGGGGCAAUGAGGCAACUUAAAUAAUAGUAGAUGGAACUUUGGUCUAGGAAAAAAACUUACUGCAACAAUUCAUAAUUUGUCUCUAACUUUAUUUUCUAGAACAGAAUUGGAAAUAAAUCAUUAUACAAAUUCUGUUAAAAUUCAGCAUACUAUUAAUCUCAACGAAGCAUCUAAUGAAGAAUCAUUUGGAGUUGGAGAUUUUUAUUUGUAUUAUUAAGAGUGUCCCAGUUUUUGUAAUUAGUGCACUGGGUCAAACGGAUCAGAUUGCUUAAUUUUAAAAAAAGGUUACUAAAGAACAGGAAUUGAUGAACUUAUCUGUCAAGGUAACAGAACAUCUUACACAUUUUGAAUGCUAUAUCUCAUGCGAAACUUGUUUAUCGAAUUAUGUCUGA